AUGGCAGACCCGCAGGCAGACUCGCCACGCGCUCUCGUCGACUUUCUUCGCCGCGCGACAUCUCCUGCCGAUCCGCUCUCGCUCAACUCGGCACUCGCACUGGUCAAGGAUGCUCUCUCGCCAAACGCUCCCCUCUCGAUCGCACAAGCACCGCCAGCCAUCGCCAAUCUCGAUGCCGAUCCCGUCCCCACGCUCCUCGACUCGUUCGCACCCGUCGCAUCGACUUCGACCGCACCAUCUUCCUUGUCUUCUUCCGCAUCGACCGGCGCAUUGGCCAGGCUAAAGAGGUCGCUUGUCGACGACGUCAGGGUGGCGCAUGCGGUCGAGGUGUUGCGAAGCGGGAGUAGCGACGCCGAGAUCCAGGGCGAGUUGCUGGACAUCUGGGGCUUCGAGGGUAUCGAGGAUGUAGGCGAGGCGGUACGGAGACGAGCGGAGAUUGUCGCGGAAGCCGCUGAGGAAGGAGGCAGACUGCAAAUGAACGGCUUCUCUCACGACCUCCCUCCUCACAUCGACUCGCACCCCUCACAUCCCGCAUCCACCCUCUCCGCCCACGCUCGCGACUACACACCCGGCUCGCAACUCUCUUUCGCAACGGCCGAGGAAGUACAGGCGGCCAAGCUGGCGAAGAAGGCGCACAAGCGGGAGAAGGGGAAGGGUCGAGCGGAUGGCGACGGCUUGGAUGGCUCGCCCGACGUACAGGAGUGGCUGCGAAUACGGGAAGAGCAGCUUGCGCGAGGACCGGGGGCCUUGGUAUCGGGACGACGACCGGCUAUCGAGGACGCCCCGCAGUAUCCGAACGUCUAUAUGGCGUCGAAGAAUGCGGGCGUGAGCAUCGGCGGUCAACGACUGGCACUGCCAGUGGGGACGACGCGGGAGAUGAAGGAGCUGUACGAGGAGAUCACGAUUCCAGCACCUAAAGCGGUUCCCUUUCGCUUCAACGAGUCGCUCGUACCGAUUGGGGAUAUGGACGCCUGGGGGAAGCGGACUUUCCACGCCUACAAAACGCUCAAUAGGCUUCAGUCGAUUGUCUACCCAGUCGCGUACAAAUCGAACGAGAACAUGCUUGUCUGCGCGCCAACCGGUGCCGGUAAAACUGACGUCGCCCUCCUCACCAUCCUUCGCUGCCUCUCGAACCUCGCCAGUACCCCUCUCGCCUCGACUUUCGAUCCUCCGAAGCUCCCUCCUGCCUCAGCCUACAAGAUUGUCUACGUCGCGCCGCUCAAGGCUCUCGCCGCCGAAGUCACGCUCAAGUUCGCCAAGCGUCUAGCCUGGGCGGGUGUCAAGGUUCGCGAGUUGACGGGCGACAUGAAGCUGACGAAGAAGGAGGUGGACGAGACGGGCGUCAUUGUCACGACGCCGGAGAAGUGGGAUGUCGUGACCCGAAAAGGCGCGGGUAGCGGAGAUGGCGAGGUUGCGGAUCAUGUCAAGCUGCUCAUCAUCGACGAGGUCCACCUUCUUCACGAAGACCGAGGAGCCGUCAUCGAGUCGAUCGUUGCCCGUACACUCCGGCAAGUCGAGUCUUCGCAAAGCCUCAUCCGCAUCGUCGGUCUUUCAGCCACGCUGCCGAACUACGUCGACGUCGCCGAUUUCCUCGGCGUCAACCGCUACACCGGCCUCUUCUUCUUCGACUCGUCCUUCCGCCCCGUUCCCCUCGAACAGCACUUUGUCGGCGUGCGAGGCAAACCCGGUAGUCCUCAAAGCCGGACGAAUCUCGACAAUGCGGCUUUCGACAAGGUUGCCGAGCUCGUCAAGGGCGGUCACCAGUGCAUGGUCUUCGUCCACGCCCGAAAAGAGACGGUCAAGACCGCGCAGAUGCUUCGCGAGAAAUUUCUUGCCGAAGGACUCGGCGAUCUACUCGAUCCGUCAGCGGGCGAGGAGACAAACGGGAAGUGGCAGGGCUUUAAGCGCGACUUGGCGUCGAGUCGGAAUCGCGAGAUGAAGGAGCUCGCGGCUGCAGGUUUCGGUAUCCACCACGCCGGCAUGCUGCGAUCCGACCGCAACAUCUCGGAGCGCAUGUUCGAGGCGAACGUGACCAAGGUCCUCUGCUGUACCGCAACGCUCGCAUGGGGUGUCAACUUGCCCGCCUAUGCCGUCGUCAUCAAGGGCACGCAAGUCUACGACUCGGGCAAGGGUGCCUUCGUCGACUUGAGCAUCCUCGACGUCCUCCAGAUCUUCGGUCGCGCCGGUCGCCCGCAGUACGAGGACCAGGGUGUCGGCUACAUCUGCACGACGAACGACAAGAUCGACCAUUACGUCUCCGCCAUCACGCAGCAGCAUCCGAUCGAGUCGAAGUUCACCACCGGUCUCGCCGACUCGCUCAACGCCGAGAUCAGUCUCGGAACCGUCACGAACAUGGACGAGGGCGUCCGCUGGCUCGGCUACUCCUACUUGUUCGUACGGAUGCGGAAGAACCCGCUCGUGUACGGCAUGACGGCCGCCGAGGUCGAGCAAGAUCCGCUGCUCGGUAGCAAGCGGCACGCCCUCAUCAACAACGCUGCGAAGCGACUCGUCGAGUGCCAGAUGAUCUCGUUCGACCGCGACCUGGGCACCUUCACUUCGACCGACCUCGGCCGCAUCGCUGCUCGCUACUACAUCCGCGACGCGAGUAUUGAGAUCUUUAACAAGAUGUUCCGCCCACGAAUGAGCGAAGCCGACAUCCUCGCGCUCAUCUCGGCGAGCGUCGAGUUCGAGCAGAUCCAGGUUCGCGAGAAUGAGGUGGACGAGCUCAAGAAGCUCAUCGAGGCGUCCUGUCCUUGCCAGGUCAAGGGCGGCACAGAGUCGAGUGCGGGAAAGGUCAACGUCCUCCUCCAGGCGUACAUCUCGCGCGCCUACAUCGAAGAUUUCGCUCUCGUCUCCGACACUGGCUACGUUUCGCAGAACGCCGGCAGGAUCGUACGCGCUUUGCUCGAGAUCGCCAUGGCGAAGCGUUGGGCCCCGGUCUCGCUCGUCCUACUCAACAUGAGCAAGUCGAUCGAAAAGCGCAUGUGGCCGUUCGCUCACCCGCUCGCCCAGUUCGACCUUCCCGCCGACCUCCUCUACAACAUCGAGCGAUGGGCCGACGACGUCCCGCUCAGCGAGGUCGCCGCCAUGUCCGACGCCGACUUCGGCGCUCUCGUGCACCAGAACGAGCGGCUCGGUGGCUUCGCGACCCGCGCCGCCCGCCAGCUCCCUGCCCUUGAAAUCUCGUCGACCCUCCAGCCUCUCGCGCACGACCUCUUGCGCGUCCGGAUCGACCUUCGCAAGUCGUUCGAGUGGUCCGAAAAGCAUCACGGAUCCAUCGAGGCCUUCUGGGUCUGGCUGGAGGACGAGGAGAACCUGUCGAUCCUGGGUCUCGCCCGAACCCUGAUUCGCCCUUACACGACCGUCCUGCAGCUCCAGUUCACCAUCCCCGUCACCAGCGCACCGAAAUCUCUCUUCGUCCGGGCGAUCUCGGACAGGUGGAUCGGCGCAGAGGAGGAGCUCUUCGUCGACCUCGCCAGUCUGGUUCUUCCGCCUUCACCAGCGCCGCACCUCCCGCUACUCGACCUCCCCUUACUCUCUCCGCACGACGCUUUUAGCACGCUUCCGCACCUCCAGCAACUCUACGGCCGCGAUUCCCCAACUUUCGAUCCUGUGCAGACGCAGGCGUUUCACACGAUCUUCCACACGCCCUCGAACGCGCUCGUCGCCUCGCCCUCGUCUGCUAGUCGGGCAACCUUACUGGAACUCGCCAUGUGGCGCACUUUCGGCAUCCACCCGACUUCGACCGUUCUCUACCUCACUCCUCGACGUGCGCUCGCCCGACAAGCGGCAUUGCGGCUUCGCGCAGCCUUCUCCGCCGCCUCCGGAAUCAAGGUCCAGCUUGUCUCGCGCGUCGAGGACCUCGACUCGCUCGCCGGGUCACAGGGCGGGGUUGCCGUCGUAUCGCCAGCAGCCCUUCUCCGCAUCCUGCGCAAGCGACCUCGACCUUUCGGCUGCCUCGACCUGGUCGUUGGCCACGAGCUACACGCACUCGAUGCAUCUUACGAGCUCGCCCUCUCCCGCCUGCGCUGGGUAUACCCGGCGGCGCGGGUGGUAGGAUCCAGCUCGGCGCUCGCCGACAUCUCGAGCAUUGCCGACUGGCUCGACGUCCCAGAGCACGCAUCCUACUCCUUCUCCCCGGCGACGCGCACGUCGUCUCUUACAACGAAUGUCCAGCCCUUCUCAACUCCGCACUCGUUCGCCCUCCUCCGCCAAAUGGUCAAGCCUGCAUACGACGCGAUGCGGGUUGCGUCGGGUUCGACCAUCGCUUUUGUGCCUUCCCGCUCGCAAUGCCGCGCGACCGCGAAGGACCUCGUCACACACUCGGCGAGCGACAUCGAGAGCUCCUUCGUCGCGGACGGAGCGCUCGACACGGUCGCGGCCUACGCCGAGUCUCUUAGCGACGAUGACUUGGGCGAGGCGCUCACCCACGGCAUCGCGGUCUUCCACGAGGGUUUGCCAGCGGCAGAGCAGCGACUCGCGCUCGAGCUCUUCGGCGCAGGGAUUGUCAAGGUUCUCAUCGUUUCGCGCGAAGCGUGCUGGACGCUGCCCGUUCGCGCAAGUCUCGUCAUCGUGAUGAGCUCGCAGUACGUCACGGUGCGGCAAAUCCAGGACGGCCACGACGAGCGCGAGGUCCAGGACUACCCAGUACCCAACCUGCUGCAGAUGCAGUCGCUCGCGGUGCCGCCCUCAGCGGAGUCGUCGGCUGAGUGCCUCAUCCUGUGCCAGAAGGACCAGGCCGAGCUGUACGGCAAAUUCUUCCAGCACGGCGCUCCCCUCGAGUCCAGCCUGCCGCUCGACCCGGCGCUGUCGACGAUCGUCUUUGAGGACCUCGCCAACCAUCGCGUCCGAGAUCGCCAAGGCGUUACCGACUUUCUCUCGUGGACGUUCGCCUCUCGCCGACUCGUCGACAACCCGUCCUACUACGCCGCAGAACUCGCAAGCGGCACACGCGCGAUGCACGACGACCUUCUCUCUCGCCUCGCCGACUCCGUCAUCGACAGCCUUGAGUCGCGGUGCGCUGUGCUGCCGACCGGUCGGACCGACAUUCUCGUCUCCCCACUCGGCGGGUAUUUCGCAGAGAAGGCGAUUCCGCUCGACGAGGUCCAACGACUCCAAAAGAUCUCGCUGGAUGAGCUUAUGCGGUCAGUCGGCGAGAGGAGCAUCAAGCGAAAUGGGCAAGAGCUGCAGAAGGGCGAGGGGGAGAAGGAGGCCACGGUCGAGCCGGCGAUGGAUCCGCACGUCCAGUCUUUCUUCCAGCGCUUGCCUCGUACCGUUAAGAACGACGUCGGCGACCGCGCCAGUUUCGAGGCGGAGGAAUGGGAGCGGCGCAUCUUGCUUGCCGCCUUCCGAGCAGGACGCGUGCCGCGCGGGAAGGGUGGGCUUGAGGAGAAGCAGCGCGAGCUCGUCGAGCGGAUCAUACGGAGUCGUGUAUAA